AUGGCCUCGGCCGAUGCCGAGCGAGCGGCCGAGCGCGAGCGCGCCGGCGGGGCGCGGCCGCACAACCUGACGUCAGCGGCUGCCCUGGCCGCCAACGAGUACGCGGAGGACCCCGCGAGGUUCAAGGCGCCGCGCGUGCUGGAGAUGCGCGCACGGGGCGGCCGCUGCUUCGACUUUGACUACUACGUGGAAGAGAACCCUGACCUGAAGGUGCUGGGGAGCGGCAAGGAGGACCUGUGGCGGCACUUUGUGUACACAGGGCAGUUCGAGGCGCGCAUGCACAGCCCUUUGGCGGAGCGCGCCGAUCAAGCGCUAAAGUCUUUGGGUCUGGGAGGCGAAGGAGACGACUUCUCGCCCUUUGGCCAGAUAUCGCGCUACUCCGUGCGCAAAGAGUUUGAGGGCGCGACGGUGUUCGUGACAGGCGCGACCGGCUUCAUCGGGUCACUCGUGGUGGAGCUGCUGCUGCGCACCACCAACGUCGGGCGCAUCUACGUGCUGGCGCGCGGCAAGCGCGGCUCCAGCGCGCGCGAGCGUGUGCAGCGGCUGCUGCACAGCGGGCUAUUCCAUCAAAUCAGGGACAAGGGGGAUCUGGUGUCCAAGGUGGUGCUUAUGGAGGGCGACCUGACCCAGGAGAACAUGGGCCUGUCCCCCGACGACGCGGCCACCCUCACGAGUGACGUGCAGCACGUCGUCCACUGCGCCUCCAUCAUCGAGGCCGAGGCCGACGUGCAGCGCACGCUGAGCAGCAACUACCUCGGCACGAAGCGCCUGCUGCUGCUCGCGGCGCGGAUGGCGCGGCUGCGGGCGAUGGUGCACCUGUCGGCGGCGCACGCGAACGUGAACCAGCCGCCGGGCGCGAGCGUGGACGAGGUCAUCUACCCUCUGAUGUUUGGCAAUCAGGAGGUUGACAGCGGCUCCCUGGUGGAGGACCUCAUGAGCCUCACACCAGAGUCAGCCAACGUGCGCGCACAGAUGUACCUGGACAUGUGGGGCUUCCCCAACACGUACACCCUGGGCAAGAACCUCACAGAGAAGCUGGUGGCCCAGUUCCACGCUGGCGGGCUGCCCGUGGCCAUUGUGCGCCCAUCCAUGGUUUGCGGCCUCGCAGGGGCGCCCUACCCCGGCUACAGCGGCAGCCUGGCGGGGCCGGGCGGGCAGGCGCUGGCGCAGGCCGUGGGGCUGUACGAUACGCUGGACUCCUUUGCGAUGAUGCCCACAAACGUGUGGGAUGUCGUGCCCGCCGACAUGGUCGCCGCCGCGGUCGUGUCCACCGCCGCCGCCACCAGCGCGCGCGUGCACAUCGACGGCUACUUCGACCCCGCCAUCAGCGACGGCGGCCUGGGCGGCGCCGGCGUGCCGGGGUCGGGCAGCGUCGGGGGCAUGGCCGCGGCCGUCAUGGCCGACGGCGCGGCGCUGGGGCCGCUCAUCGUGCACGCGGCCACCAGCACCACCUACCCCAUCAGCUACGUUGAGUCCCAGUGGUGA